AUGUACCCUACGGAUUUGAAACAUGGACCUUUAAAGCUACCGUUUGUGAAAAAUUUGGACCACAACAUUAUGUUGAAGACUAUACAAAAUCUUUACUAUAAUAAGUCGACUCCAAAUUUUAAUAUGACGUCGCCGUUUUUAGUGGACAAUAUUUUGCACCAGCAAAAAAACGUGAACUUCCACAAUCAGUACAUAAACCAGCAAAUAGAAAAUUACGUAUUACAACGUCAAAAUUACACAUCAAGGGAAAAUUCACCUGAAACUGAAGAAAAAAUGGCCGACAACGAAGAAGAACAACGGAACGAAGAGGUUGAAGAACCGAAAAUCGAAAACGACGAUGAUUCAAAAAGCAACGAAGAGUUUAAUAACGUUAAAAAAGAAAGUUAUUACAGUAACGACUAUUACAGAAAUGUCGAAGACAAUCGUCAAGACAAAGAAGUAUUAAACAUUCCAAGUUUAAAUCGUUGUCAAACGUGUGGUGCGUUCGAUUGCCCCCCAUUUGCUUGUAAAAAAUCUGGCAUAAGGAGAUUAGAGGAAUUAGAAAAGAGGUUCAAUCUCACUUAUCAAGAAAACUCAGGAGACGAGGACAUAAGAGAGGGAAAGACGUACACAGAGGACAUUGUAAGGAAUUGUGAGGAGUACAAUAACGAACCGAAGAAGCCCUUAUUGAAGUUUAGUGUUAGUGCCAUUUUGGGAGAUCGGGAAGAGAAAAGCAGUAAUGUUAAUG